AUGGCCGGUGACGCUCUUCAAUUCUCGUACGGACUGGAAGCCGUAUCCCAGUUAUUCAAUUGGGAAGUACUCUCGGAACAGCUGGAGCUCCCAUUUGGGCAGUUCAUCGGGCAGAAAGUGGUAAUCAACUAUUGGGAGGCCUAUGAAUCUUUCUUGGAUGAAGGUAAUUUUCCCUCUCCGGCUGUGAAUCCCACCGAAUCUGUUGGUUUUGAUGGUGUUUCCUCGGAGCUGGAUAGUGAUUCUGCUUGUUUAGACGAUAUUAGUGAAAAAUAUGAUGAUGAAAUUGGCGAGUCCUGUCUUGAAUUUGGUUUACUGUUUGAUGAUGGUGCUGAUUUGCAUUAUCCUGAUUGUUCUUUCAUUAAGGGUAGUUGUCAAAGCUUUGAUGUAAUUGAUCCUGGUGGAAAUGAUGACAUUCGGUGGAAACUGUUUGAUGUUGAACCGGAUGAAUCUGGGAAGAAGUCCCUUCUGUCUAUGAAUGCAUUGUUGUGUAAAAAUUGGGUUGAGAAGACAACCAGUUUUAGAGGGAGCACAGAAGUUUGUUUGGCCGCAAUGAUUGACAGAUUCCUACAUGCCAAGUGUGCAGCCUUAUGGGUUCUUAAAUCUAUAACACCCUAUGGCGGAUUUGAGUGUAGUAGAGGGGUACUGCAUUCAGAUGGUGAAAAGCAUUUAUCUUGGUCUGAAGUGGUUAAUUGCUUCAGAGGUGGUACUUCUGAGUGGUUUCAGUUUGAAGGAUUAAAUAAUCCUGCUGCUACCUGUGUUGGAGUUCUGUUCGACAGUUCAGUAUGUUGGCCUGACCUUCCCGUUGGUGCUGUUUUUGCUAAUGAAGUUCUGGUUCGCAGCUGGAUUCUUCAAGCAGUAGGUCCUGCUGAGUUGAUUGGCGUUGUUUUGAGAGUGAGCUCAACAGAUAAAAGCCUCAACAGUCAUUUUGUCACCAUUGUAGCUGUUAUGCAGUUAGAUUUCGUAGUUGUUAUUCUGUUCGUUGUUGCUGUCCAGAAAAUUGGCCUUUGUGCUAAUUACUGUUAUGUUUUAAGUAGUGAAUCUGUAUUCGACAAGACUGUUUUUAGAGGGGGGCUUUGUCAUGAAUUGGGGACUUUAACGCCUCAAUUCCGUAGUGUAGCGAUCUAUCUGUAG